AUGAUUAUAGAAAGGAAUAUUACAGAGAUCACCCAAUUCGUCCUACUGGGAUUCUCAGAUUUUCCCAGAAUCACAGCAGUGCUCUUUGUUAUAUUCCUGCUCAUCUACAUUACAUGUCUGACCUGGAACCUGUCCCUCCUUGUUUUGAUAAGGAUGGACUCCCACCUGCACACACCCAUGUACUUCUUCCUCAGCAACCUGUCCUUCAUAGAUCUCUGCUACGUCAGCUCCACGGUCCCCAAGAUGCUCUCCAACUUCUUCCAGGAGCAGCAAACUAUCACCUUCGUAGGUUGCGUUGUUCAGUAUUUUAUCUUUUCUACCAUGGGGCUGAGUGAAUCUUGUCUCAUGACAGCCAUGGCUUAUGACCGGUAUGCUGCCGUUUGCAACCCACUGCUCUAUUCCUCAAUCAUGUCACCCACCCUCUGUGUUCGGAUGGUGCUGGGGUCCUACAUGGCUGGACUCACAGGUUCUUCAUCUCAGAUAUGUGCUUUGCUUCAGCUCCAUUUCUGUGGUCCUAAUGUCAUCAGGCACUUCUUCUGUGACAUGCCCCAGCUGCUAACUCUGUCCUGCACUGACACGUUCUCUGUCCAAGUCCUGACCGCUAUACUAACAGUGAUCUUUGGAAUAGCAAAUGCCCUGGUUAUCAUGGUCUCCUAUGGCUAUAUUGUCACGUCCAUCACAAAGAUCACAUCAGAUACAGGCAGGUCCAAGGCGUUCAACACCUGUGCUUCUCACCUGACAGCUGUCUCCCUCUUCUAUACCUCGGGCCUGUUUGUCUAUAUAAGUUCCAGCUCUGGUGGCUCCUCCAGUUUUGACAGAUUUGCAUCAGUCUUCUACACUGUGGUGAUCCCCAUGUUGAAUCCCCUAAUUUACAGCCUGAGGAACAAGGAGAUCAAAGAUGCCUUGAAGAGGCUGAAGAAGAGAAUCACAGUCUACUGCUAA